UCAAUAUGUCAGGAAUUUGUUAUUCGUUGAACAUUAACUGUAUUGAAAUUAGUUUGUAGUUCAUUCUGGAGUUGUAAUUGGUGCUGUUAUUUAGGGAUGGCGUGUUCACUAUUGAAUCGCCGGGCACCGCCAGCUACUGUGACUGUGACGACGACUGUUGUCCAGCUCCUAGUAGCGUGUCUUGCUGUGAGUACUUUCACUAGUGACUCAGUCACAUCGGCUGAAGGCAUAUCCUCAAGAGAUAGUACUCCUCUGCCUGCAUUCAGUUGGAAGACAGUCCCUGCGUUCUUCCAUUCCAGUUACUUGAACUCGCUGACGUUUCCCGAGAGUGCAAUGAAGAUCAUAACGAAAUUCCCGAUCGUGACCAUUGAGAAAUGGCAAGGUUGCAAAGCAUCAGACUACACGUAUGAGGACGAUGCUAUGCUGGCAGCUGCAAAGCAGAUCAAGACUGCCAAUCCGGAGAUCAACGUUAACGUAUGGUUUGAUUCGUUUCGUAUCUACUCUAAUAAAUCCCUGAAUCCAUCCGCCAUUGAUAAUGCCAACCAGUUUUGCAUCAGAAGUCGCCAUUCAGAGUUUCUCGAAUCUCAUGUCGACUAUCUAUUACGUAACACAUCUGGUGACUUGGCUAUCGAGUCUUACUGCCAUCUUCAUGUCUACGACUAUGUGAAGCCAUACGUACAGGAAUACUGGACACAGAUGUGUCUGAAUAUGACCAAGUCAGGCUAUGUCGACGGCUGUGGCUGUGAUGGCUCGCAAUCACGAGCGGCGGACAGUGGCUCGGUACAGGUACCACAUAUCGCAGCUGACUACGCUAUCAAGUGGAAUGCAGCAAAGAUUGACAUGAUGAACACAACACGCAGUGCACUCAAUGGUGGACUUUUACUGGGUAAGGAACCAUUUGAGAUUGGUACAUACAUCGAUGCCAUAUUGCAUGAAGGAUGUGCGGCUAACAAUCAGACUAUUCUUAUGCUGCGGAAUAUCAGCGCGCUAUCGAAAGAUUUAGGAAGGCCGCUGAUUGUCGAAUGUCACUUUAGUGGUGUGAAUGAGAAUGAGGUAGCAGCGUUUCUCAUCGGUGCUGGUCAGUAUCAUUACUUUGGUGCCGGUGGCUGGAACGGUGCAAGCUUUGAUAGCCACUGGGAUGACAAACUGUUAGGAAGUACCCUGGGUGAUCCAGCUACUGAUGCAGUCUACGAUGUGGAGAGUCAAGUAUGGGCAAGAAAAUUUGCUUCUGGCACAUCUGUAGCAUUCAAUGCUAAAACCAAAAAGGGAACUAUUGCCUGGAGUGGUUAGGCCCCUUCCUCAGCAUGGAGUGGUUAGAGCGUUUUCUCAGCAUGCUGGCUGCCGGCCAUAUUGCACGGCAUAGUAUUUUUCAUUCUAGGUGGUUUUGCCUCAACGGCAUAUGAAUCGUAAUUGAUGAUUGUGAAAGGCUAGAUAUUUCUUGUUGUAUAGUUUAUUUGGAGUGUGUGUGUCCGUUGCCUGGAGUAGCCAUUCACGUCUACAAUUACUGCCAAGGGCGCAACAACUUUAAAUUCAUAUUAUUAUCAAUCAGAAGAGUUCGUAAAGUAUGGUUCAUUAUUUUUAUUUCGAUUUCUGAAGUGGAUAUUUCUGCAGUGGAUAUUUCUAGGGUAAUGUUUUUCUUCGCCAUCUACCAAUCCAAAUUGGCUAUACUAUCACGUCGAUUGUGUAUAUUUUGUUGCUGUCAUCACCUCACAAAAUUCUUGGAAGUAACUCCCCGAAUAGUUACACGACAUGCCUCUUUGGAAUUGUUCUUGUUCCAGCCCCCCCCCCCCCCCCCCCACACACACACCUGUCCCUGGCUCAGUCCCCUGGCUCAAUCCCUUGCCUAUGUUGGUUUUCCCUCUGUUCUGCUCUUUCCCCGUAUCGACGUGCCCAUAUUGCUGGGCUCUAUGGUUACCUUUACUAACAUAACGCAGGACGAGAUAUUUCAAAAUACUUCAGUUAUCUCGGUCGCAAAGUCA